UAUUGUUGUUCGUCGGGAUAAAGAUGGCGACCGGGCCCGCGUAAUUUGGAGACCCAAUUGAGGUGACCGACGAGGACAUGGUAUCCUUAAAAUCAACCCCAACGUCCACAUCCUGCCUUUAUCCUGCCUGCCACAUCGUAGAUGAAUUAUAUAUUGAAUAGCAAUGGCUUUUGAAGAGAUCAAGAACAAAGGCGAAAUGGAUGUUGGGAUAGAUGGAGAGAGGGGUCUUGUCGCUGGUCGUAGCCAGAGGGAGAAGAGGAGGUCAUACAAAGAUCUUCUGCGAGAGGAGGAAGAGAUAGCAGCUCAGGUCCGCAAGUCUUCCAAGAAACGCCCAAAGGAUUCAGAGCUAUUCAUGCUUGGAGGUGACUCACACAAAAAGAAGAAGAAAUAUAGUGAUGACUACUAUUACAGAGAACAUGAAGGCUCAGGCCACCCCAUCCAUAAGAAGAAGCACAAAUCUGCCGACCGCUCUCCGACUCUCUCUUCCCCUUCAUCGUCCCACCCAGCAGAUACAGCAAUGGGUCUUCUGCAAGCUAUCACCUCUCCCCUGGCCACAGGAUCUGACCCCAGUCCCAAUUUACACAGAAAACCCUCUUAUCCCUCGUUGUCCUCACACUCCUCAAAAGACCGUAAGCGGGAGGGCAGCAGCAGUGGAAACAAAGGGAGCCACUCUCUUUCUCAUUCCCGCCCCAUGUCUUCAUCAUCAUCGUCAGCUUCCUCCAAGAAGCACUCCUCAUCUUCCUCAAAGUCAUCGCUAUUCCACGGUGGAUCCCUCAAAGAGGAGCCUUUAACAUUACGGGAGGCUGAUGGGCUAAAAAUGAAACUGAUUAUGUCACCAGAGAAAGAGGAAACUGAGUGUAACCCAGUAACACACCACUCAUCCAAAGUAAGUGGCAAGAAAGAGAAGGAUAGAGAGCGGUUACAGGUGUCAAAGUCCCCCAAGAAGAAGCUACAACACAGUCGAGAUCCUCUGCCGGUAGUGGGCAAAGAGGUGGAAGUGGAAGGUCAUUAUGGAGGCGGCAUGGGCGAAGGCAGCUCGUCGUCGGGAGGAGAGCUGGAGGCGGGCGAACUAGUUAUAGAUGACUCAUAUACGCACCAGUCAAAAAAGAAGAAAAAGAGCAAGAAAAGCAAGAAGAAAAAGGACAAAGAGAAAGACAGAGACAAGGAUAAGAGUGUGAAGGACAAGAAGCACAACAAAGGGUUUGGAGAUUCUUCAAAGAGCCAUGGCAACUCCCAUCCCACCGUCUCUCACAGUACUGUUGGGCCGAUGUAUGCGAUGGGCACACCCAUCCCUACACACCACCAUCAAGGCAGUGAUGGGGCGAUGGAGAAGAAGAAGAAGAAAGAGGAAAAAGAUCGGGAGAAGCAUGACAAGGAUAAAGAUAAGCCCAAGAAGAAGAGUGCAUCUGCAUAUCAGGUGUUUUGCAAGGAGUAUAGAGUUAACAUAACUGCUGAGCAGCCAGGACUAGUUUUCGGUGAACUAAGCAAAAAGUUGGGAGAGGUAUGGAAGAGGAUGCCGGAAAAAGACAAACUGUUUUGGAGGCAGAAAGCUCAGUAUCUGCAGCACAAACAGAACAAGGCUGAGGCUACCACAGUCAAACACAAGUGCUCUAAUGAAAGCAAAGGCAAAGCCAAAGCAGGUAUGGUGUCACCCAACAGAGCACCAGCCACUGUCUCCCUUUCUCCUGCACGAGUCCCCGAUGUUGAUCCUAUCGAUGCAGCCGCUCACCUGCAGCUGCUCGGUGAGUCCCUGUCCCUGAUUGGCCACCGGCUCCAGGAAACAGAGGGCAUGGUGGCGGUGUCUGGGAGCCUCUCUGUGCUUCUUGAUUCCAUCUUGUGCGCACUGGGGCCUCUGACUUGUCUCACUGCUCAAAUACCGCAGUUAAAUGGAUGUCCCCGAAAUGUGCUGUCAAACACGUUGGACAACAUUGCCUACAUCAUGCCUGGGCUGUGAGUGACGGACCCCAAGCAAGCUGGAGGAAUUUUGCUGUGAAAGGUCAAGGCCCUGAACAGAAGCAUUUUGGACUUUAUUUAGUAGCCUUUGACACUUUGCAACAGAAAAUAUUUAUAGUCUUCUAGUCCCAACAUGUUUUUAAAAUUGUAUUUAAAAAAAAAAAAAGAUUAUGUAUGUUGUCAUUGUUAGACUUUUAAAAGAAACAUUUUAUUGUUAAUAGUCUUACCAAUUAGUUUCAUUGUGGCUGUACAGUGUGGGUUUGUAUGAAAUAUUCUUUUUUUAUGCUACUAAAUGUGUACGGUAAUGCUUUUGCACGUGUUUUUUUUAAAUGGUUUGUUAAGAACAUCUGCAACCUUUUAGUCAUUAAUCACUGCCAGCCUUCCCAGUUAAAAUGGAUAUUUGACUUCUAAAGCCGUCAAUGGCAGUGAAUGUGUUAACAUAAGGUAAUAUAGUUCUCAUUUUACCAUUUCCCCCAUUUAACAAUGUAAAAAGGUUUUCACUCCCAGCUGUUUUGUACAUUUGAAAAUGCUGAUUGCCACCCUUAGAAGCAACAUUGUCUUAAUUGUGGGCUUUUAAAACAGUUUUUAUAUUUACAAUUGCUAAUUCAAGAGGUAAUUAGCCAAUAAACCAUGCUGCUUUC